UACUAAGUUACUCUUUUGUUAUAUAAUGCGAGUAGAACCAAGUUUUUCAGAUAACAGCAAUCUAGUAGAAAUUAGCAGCAGCUACAGUCUUAUAUGGAAUCAUCAAGAAUCACUCUCCGUCCAUAUAGAUCAUCAGAUGUUGAUGAUCUACUAUUAUGGGGAGGAGAUGAUCGAGUAACCAAGUCAAUCCAUUUCACUACUUUGACUUCACAAGAAGAUGCAUUGACCUUCAUUGAAAAAUCUACCAUUCCUUGGCGUCGAUCCAUAUGCAUCGAUGACCGUUCGAUUGGAAUCGUGGUGGCGCGCCCUGGAUCUGGUGAUGACAGAUGUCGAGCCGAGAUAGGAUAUGCUUUGGCAGCUGAGUAUUGGGGACAAGGGAUCACUCCUAAGGCUGUGAAGAUGGCAAUCCCUCUGAUUUUCAAUGACUUUCCUGAAAUAGUAAGGUUGCAAGCAUUAUCUGAUGCUAACAAUAAAGCAUCCCAUAGGGUGUUGGAGAAGGCUGGAUUUGUUAAGGAGGGCAUGUUCAGAAAAUAUUUUUACUUUAAAGGGGAAAUUAAGGAUGUUGUACUUUACAGUUUACUUUCCACUGAUCCUAUACCUUCAGAUCCAUAAAAUUGCAAGAUCAUCUUCUUGAACCCCUUGUGGUCCGGCUUUUUCCAGAACUCUAUGCAUAACAGAAGCUUAAUGCAUCGGGCUGAUCUUCUUGAGCCCCUUUCUUUUGUUCUCUUCAUGAACAAGUCUGUUGUAAUUUUUUCUUAUUUUUUUUUAUACAAGACUUUGAAUAGUGUAAUAGUGACUAUAGGUGCCAAUGAAAAAGAAAAGAUGAAAAUUAAAUGGAAAGACCCCUAUCAAAUGUUAUCUGUGAUUAUCUUGAAAUGAAAUUAUUGUGUUGAUGUGGUAUUAAUGUGA